UUGAUGGAGCAUAUGACCAUGGUGGGAAUGGAAUGGAAUGGAGGCUUUGGUAGUAUUUGCUAUUGGUGUUGUUGUUUGCAUUUGGUACUGAGUGAUUCAAGCAAUGAAUCCCGCGUUUCCCGUUCCAUCAUACAUAAACAUUCUCUCUAAAUAUUUCUACACUUUCACAUCUCUCUUUUUCUUUUUUCUUUUUUAUACUUCCAAACAAUUAAUUAUUUAUUUUACUAAUUAAUCCCAUAUUAUAUAUAAUAAACAUUCUCAACAAGAAUUUUGAGUCUUUGAUCACCACUCAAAUUCUUUGCAUCUCAUUUACCAACUUUCUCUCUUAAUCUUCGGAGGUGGUGGUGGUGGUGGGCACCUGUGAAAAUACUCUACACACGCAGCCAUCGUUAUUUGACUUCUUUUUCUUUCUCUUACCUUUUUCAAUCUUCAAUAUCAUCGUCCUUGUCGUUUUCUUGCUUCCUAACGAUUACAUAUAUAAUUUAUUAAACCCAAAUCCGGAACUGGGUUUCGAUAAUUUCGAGUUCUUCUUUGUUUAUUGUGUGCCAAAUUAAUGAAAGUAUUCACCUUUAGAUCAAUCUCUGGUUCUGUUUCUUUCUCUCUCAUUGGAUUAGGGAAUGAACAAGAAGGAUUUCAAGAUUGAGUUUUUAGGUACCGAAACACGUUCUGGGCCACCUGGAAAGGAAGCUUCGCAGUUGUAUCAUCUCUUUUUCCACAUUUUUUUCUUCUUUAUUUUAUUUCUCAAUUUUCAUGGAAGUUGCGCCAAAAGUUUCUUUAUCCAGCUCAUCUAAUCGAGGAAUGUUCUACUGUUAAAUCAGGUUUUUGAAUAAUUUAAUCACAGCUUUCCAAAACCCAAAUCUUUAUUAUUUUUCUUGGUUUUGUUGGUGUAUUCAUUUUGGGGGGGGUUAAUGGGUUGUGCAAGCUCUAAGCAAAAGCGAUGCCGGAACUGUCAAGGGCCAUAUUCGCCGGUGCCGAGAAGUUACUCAAUGCACGUCCACCACCCACCGGAGAAGAACGGCGACAGUUACCAUUUGGUUGCUCUUACUUCCUCAACCUUGGGCUCGAUCAAACUCGAAACCCCAUUUCAAAACGACACCGUUCACAACCAUGAUGAUGAUGAAACUGAUUAUCUAAAAAGCAAAGAUUUUUCAGUUGGACUUGUUGAGGCAAAGACUUGGUCUAAUAUGAUCAAUGAAAAAAUCCCAAAAGUUUUGCCCAAGACCCCAAUCAGAACACCUCCCGGUGAGCCUGAAACGAUUAAUGCUUGGGAAUUAAUGGAAGGUCUUGAAGAUAUUAGUCCUUUCAGAUCACCCAUUCAUGUUAGAAGCUUCUCCUUUGAUAUUGUUAGAGAUCCAAUUCCAAUUCCCACUUCUCCUUUUGAUCGUCCCAAAUCAAGAUUUCAAGAGAAUAAUAACGAUUCUUCUUCCCCUAAGCCCAUGUGGCUUCAUUUAUCAGACAAAGAAGACUUGAAUUCAGAUUCCGGGGUUACUGAAUUCGACCCGGAAAUCAUCUCAAGUUUCAGAAAAUCACUCGAGGACAAACCCAAAGAGAAGCUAAUUCUAUACUUCACUAGUCUCCGAGGAGUUAGGAAAACGUACGAGGAUUGCUGCAAUGUGAGGGUGAUCUUAAAGAGCCUGUGUGUAAAAGUAGACGAGCGCGAUGUUUCGAUGCAUUCGGGGUUCAAAGACGAGCUUAAAGAGCUAUUAAAAGAUGGCUUUCAUGGUGGUGGUUUGCCAAGAGUGUUUAUGGGGAACAAAUACAUUGGUGGAGCUGAUGAAAUCAGAAGAUUAAAUGAAGAUGGUCAGCUUGAGAAGUUACUCGAAUGUUGCGAAAAGGUUGAUGAUGAUUGUGGAGAUGGUGGUGGAGCUUGUGAGGCUUGUGGGGAUGUAAGAUUUGUGCCAUGUGAGACAUGUUCAGGGAGUUGUAAAAUAUAUUAUGAAGCAGAGAAAGAAGAAGAAGAAACAGAGGAAGGAGAAGAAGAACAUGAACAUGAAGAAGAAGAAGAUUAUGGUUUCCAACGUUGUCCUGAUUGUAAUGAAAAUGGCCUAAUACGUUGUCCCAUUUGUUGCAAUUAAAUCAAUGAAUUGUGACAUUAUAAUAUUAACAAGGUAACCUUCUUCCAUUUUUGUUAAAGUUGGUCUGUUUUUUUUUUUCUUUCUUUUUUUGGGCUUGGUGAGUUGUUUUGUUGUACAGUCAUUUUGGUUUUGUUUGAGAGAAGAGAUCAACAAGGAUAAUUUCAAUUCAGGUUUCGUAAACCUUGUAAUGUGUCAUUACAACACUUGUAUAAUUUCAUUUCCAGAAAUACAGAAAAGAAAAAGGCUUUGUAUACUUUAAUCUUUUUUGUACACUUGAGAAGAUAUAUGAAAUGUGCAUGAACAGUUUCUGCUUCA